AUGUGGUACCUCUCCCCGGGCAAGUUGCGGUCGGAACUGGCGUGCCGGGGGCUGGAUCCUAAAUGGUGCAAGCAGAAUGAGAAGCUUUGCAAGCUGCUGGGCCAAGUGGAGCUCACGGGCCCCAUCGGCAGCAAGCGCAUGUGCUCCAUCGCCUCCCACGACUACAAGUCCGAGGAGGCGCAGGACCUGUGCAUCGUUGAGCACGGCGGCAUCCACCUGGUGUUUGACGCAGAGGGCUCCAGCAACCCGCUGGACUCCCCCUCCCUCCUCUACGUCACGGACCUGGACUCCGAGUGCGACGUGAUGGUCAACGGCAAGAAGCUGGACAAGGGCGAGCGCACGCCCGUCAAGCCCGGCUCUGUCAUCGCCAUGGGCGAGGAGGCACAGUACCAGGUGCAGCGCAACGUGUUUGCCCACGCCUGA